GCUUUAAGUAACUCGUCCGCGGAGCCAUAGGGUCAGACAGGGGACGUGGAGGCGUGACUUGCGAUCGGCGACUGGCGUCGACCUGAAUUCCACGCCAGAGGUCCCACGUAGUCGACAGAAAGUCGCAUUUUCGCCUUUAGUUUCUCUCUGACUUUCCUACUACCUACGUUCUAAUUUCCAUGCCAUUUCCUCUGAUCCUCCAAGUAAACUCCUUUUGUAUAUAUAUAUAGCUUACAAUGCAUACAAUUCAACAUCUGCCACCUUCAGCUUCUUUAAGACCGUUUUCUCUCUCGGUCUUCAACAAAAUGAAGAGCCGCACCAACACCACUCAUAUUAUAUCUUCCAAAUGGAUUCCUUUUAUCUGCUUAUCAUGUUUCGCUCUCGGACUCAUAUUCAGUAACAGGGCGUGGAACCCGCCGGAAUCCUACGGUCACUUCCUUUCGCGCCAACGUCGAGACCAAGAGUUGCGGAUUAUUUCCAGUGAUUGCGUUACUAAUAAAAAUUCUAAAGAAGAUAAAGAUGAAUUCAAUGAAGUUAUGAAAACCCGUGGAGCAGUUCAGUCUUUAGAUAAGGCAAUUGCUGCGCUUCGGAUGGAAUUAGCAGCGUCCCGCAGUUCCCGGGAAAAAGCUAGUUUAGAAGGUUCUGCUUCCAAUUCCACCAACUUGAACCCAAAAAAACCGAAAGUGUUCAUGGUUAUUGGAAUUAAUACUGCUUUCAGUAGUAGAAGGCGGCGUGAUUCUGUUAGGGAGACUUGGAUGCCUCAAGGAGAAAAGCUUGUUCAAUUGGAGCGUGAGAAAGGAAUUGUGGUCCGAUUCAUGAUUGGCCACAGUGCAACAUCUAACAGCAUUUUAGAUAAAGCUAUUGAUUCAGAAGAUGCUCAGCACAAGGACUUCCUGCGGCUGGAGCAUAUUGAAGGAUACCAUGAAUUGUCUGCAAAAACAAAAACUUUCUUUGCCACUGCUGUUGCAAAAUGGGACGCUGACUUCUAUGUUAAAGUUGAUGAUGAUGUCCAUGUUAAUCUAGGUGUGCUAGCUGUUACUCUUGCUCAUCACCGUAUAAAGCCCAGAGUUUAUAUCGGGUGUAUGAAAUCUGGACCUGUCCUUUCUCAAAAGCAUGUCAAAUACCAUGAACCAGAGUACUGGAAAUUUGGAGAAGAGGGGAAUAAAUACUUCCGACAUGCAUCUGGGCAGAUUUAUGCAAUUUCGAAGGAUCUUGCCACAUAUAUCUCUAUCAACCAGCCCAUAUUACAUAAGUUUGCCAAUGAAGACGUGUCACUUGGUUCAUGGUUUAUAGGUCUUGAGGUUGAGCACAUUAAUGAACAUAAUAUGUGUUGUGGAACUCCACCAGAUUGUGAGUGGAAAGCACAGGCAGGAAAUGUCUGCAUUGCAUCAUUUGAUUGGAGCUGCAGUGGAAUCUGCAAGUCCGUGGAGAAACUAAAAUCUGUACAUGAAAAGUGUGGUGAAGGGGAUGGUGCUGUUUGGAGUGCCCAGUUUUGAAUCAAUACGAGUCAAAGCAUCUCACAGGUGAAGGCGUGGUCAACAAGAGAGAAAAACUACAAACUUGAAAUAGGGAAAGGAGUGGCCUUAUAGUAGUUCAACUUUGUGGAGAUUACUGGGUAGUUCUUGAAAGCAAGAGAUCCCGUGUGUUUGCCGUAUAAGAGUUGACUCUUUAACCUGCUUGCAGAUGCUUGGGUAUGAAGCUAGAAGUUGGUGCAGGUUCAAGAUAUGAUCUUCCCAUAUGAGUGAGGAUACAAUACAAUGCUAUUCUUACACAAAUUUAAUUUAUACUUUUAUUUUUGUCCAAAUUUAUGAAUUGAUGUAGCUUUCUCGAUAGGUAUAUUAUUAUCAAAAGGCUUAAUGUAGGGCCAAAUAUUUUGUUCCUCAAACUUUGCAGUACCCUGUCUCUGAUAAAAAUAAUGGAAUAAGCCCUUGUGAAAUUUCAUGACAAGAAAUUCCUGUUCACAGUAUCUUAUUUAUCUCUAGUAAAGUGUUCCGACAAACUUUGUUUAUCGAUUA